UCUCUCACACACACACACACACACUCACUCACAGGAAGGAGUUUCAAACCUCAAUACUAACGUCAGAAACAAGUACCCAGAACUCCAGCAUUCAUACUCUACGGCACCUUGUGUUUUUAUUUGGAUCUUUUUCCCCUUUUUAGCCAGGACUUGGCGAGUAUGUGAGGCAUGUUUUCCUGCGAGGCGGAACUUCCAGGUCGGACACAAGUCUUUUGAGCGGUGCAGAGCGCUGAAGUCGGCCUCCUCCUGCGGAAUUACUGCAGUUUAGAGCCGAAACAUGUCAGAACACAGGUCGAGUUUCCUCCACAUCGGCGACAUCGUGUCUCUGUACGCGGAGGGAACUGUCAAUGGAUUUAUCAGCACUUUGGGGUUGGUGGAUGACAGGUGUGUGGUACAGCCUGAGGCUGGAGAUCUUACAAAUCCACCCAAGAAAUUUAGAGAUUGCCUGUUUAAGGUAUGUCCCAUGAACCGGUACUCUGCACAGAAACAGUUCUGGAAAGCCAAACAUGGAAAGCAAGGAAGCAAUCCAGAGGAGGAUCUGUUUAAGAAAUUGCAGCAUGCAGCAGAACUGGAACAGAAACAGAACGAGACGGAAAACAAGAAACUGCUUGGUGAAGUGGUCAAAUACAGUCAAGUCAUACAGCUGCUGCACAUUAAAAGCAAUAAGUUCCUGACUGUGAAUAAGCGUCUCCCGGCCCUGCUAGAGAAGAACGCCAUGCGUGUAUCUCUGGAUCCGUCUGGGAACGAGGGCUCCUGGUUUUACAUCCAACCCUUCUGGAAGCUCCGCAGUGAAGGCGACAAUGUGGUGGUCGGGGACAAAGUGGUACUGAUGCCUGUGAACGCUGGCCAGCCUCUUCACGCCAGCAACAUAGAGCUACUGGAUAACCUGGGCUGCAACGAGGUGAAUGCUGUGAACUGUAACACCAGCUGGAAGGUUACACUCUUCAUGAAGUUCAGUGACUACAGGGAGGAUGUUUUAAAAGGAGGAGACGUGGUGAGGUUGUUCCAUGCUGAGCAGGAAAAGUUCCUGACUUGUGACGACUACAAGCGGCAGCAGCACGUCUUCCUUAGGACCACCCUGCGCCAGUCUGCCACCUCUGCCACCAGUUCCAAAGCACUCUGGGAAAUUGAGGUGGUACAUUAUGACCCGUGUAGAGGAGGAGCUGGCCAAUGGAACAGUCUUUUCCGCUUCAAACACCUGGCCACGGGCAGAUACCUGGCUGCAGAGGUGAAUCCUGAUUACCAAGAUGAGGGUGUAGAUACGAAAUCGGAGGUAAGUCAGACCAAGAAAAGUCGGAUGAUGCAACAUCCUGUUGAAAAUGCGGAGACUGACUCUGUCUUCUCUAAGAAGAAGCGUCACUCGGAGAAGAUAACUUACAUCCUAGUUUCUGUUCCACAUGGCAAUGACAUUGCAUCUCUUUUUGAGCUGGAUGCCACCACACUACAGCGAGCCGAUUGCCUGGUCCCUAGAAACUCUUAUGUCAGGCUGAGGAACCUGUGCACCAACACUUGGGUAUCCAGCAGUAACAUCGCCAUCGAUUCUGAGGAGGAGAGACCUGUUAUGCUCAAGAUUGGUACAUGUCCCAUCAAGGAGGAUAAGGAGGCUUUUGCGAUUAUCUCCGUACCUCUGUCUGAGGUGAGAGACCUGGACUUUGCUAACGAUGCCAACAAAGUUCUCGAGGCAUUUGUACGCAAGCUGGAGAAGUGCCAGAUCGUUCAGAAUGACCGCAGGUUUGUCACCAAACUGCUGGAAGAUUUGAUCUUCUUUGUAUGUGAGGUGCCCAAUAAUGGACAGGAUGUGCUAUCAGUGGUCAUAUCCAAUCCCAAUAGAGAAAGACAGAAGCUCAUGAGAGAACAGAACAUUUUGGCACAGAUCUUUGGCAUUCUGAAAGCGACGUUUGCAGAUAGUGAAGACGGACCCAUGCUGAAACUGGAGGAUCUUGGUGAUCAACGCAAUGCCCCCUUUAAAUACAUGCUGCAGCUCUGCUACAGGAUACUGCGCCACUCGCAACAGGACUAUCGCAAGAACCAGGAAUACAUUGCCAAGAAGUUCUCCAUCAUGCAAUCUCAGAUCGGCUAUGAGAUCCUGGCAGAGGACACAAUCACAGCUCUGCUUCACAACAACCGUAAGCUGCUGGAGAAGCACAUUACAGCGCGGGAGAUUGAGACCUUUGUCAAGCUUCUACGCAAGAACCGGGAACCCAGGUUUCUGGAUUAUCUUUCAGACCUGUGUGUGUCCAAUAAAACAGCCAUACCUGUCACACAAGAACUCAUCUGCAAGUUAAUGCUCAACCCCAUAAAUGCAGACAUCCUCAUCCAGACCAAGGUGAUGCAACAUAAUGAGAACUCUAUGGAUUCAGGCAUGAUGCACGAUGAAGCUGAGGAGGAUGACGUGUGGCUGUACUGGAUCGACCAAAAUAAAGAGCCACACGGCAAGUCCAUCCGUAACAUGUCCGAGGAUGCCAAGAAUAACCACAAAGAAGACAUUGAACACAUGACCUACUACAGGUGUCAGCUGAACCUUUUUGCUAAGAUGUGUCUGGAUAGACAGUACUUGGCCAUUAAUCAGAUCUCUCCCCAGCUCCCAGUGGAUCUGAUCCUGCGCUGCAUGUGUGAUGAUAUGCUGCCGUAUAAUCUACGUGCCUCUUUCUGCCGCCUCAUGCUGCACAUGCACGUUGACCGUGAUCCCCAGGAGGCCGUGGUACCUGUCCGAUAUGCGCGCCUUUGGACUGAGAUCCCUAGUAAAAUCACGGUUAAGGAGUACGAUUAUGAGUUCAGGGAUGCAGCCAGAACGGAGAUGAAGAGGAAUUUUACACCCACCAAAGAGUUUGUAGAUCAGUACCUGAACGAUGUAGUGAACCAUCAAUUACCCUUCGGAGAUGAGGAGAAGAACGAGCUCACUCUAGAGGUGGUGAACCUGGCACGCAACUUGGUCUACUUUGGGUUCUACAGCUUCUGCGAGCUGCUUGGUCUCACGCGCACCCUGCUGGCCAUUUUGGACAUCGUGCAGCAUCCACUCACGUUCAUGCACAAACUCAGCAAAACCCCCGAAGGAGGUAAGAAUGUUCUGCGCACAAUCCAUGAUGUGGGUGAGAUGAUGACUCAGAUGGUUUUGAGCAGGGGUGCCUUGCUGACCAAUCCCUCCCAAACAAUAUCGGACCAUGAGAAAAAAACCCAUGGCCUGUCUGAGAACGAGGACGUGGUGGUGAUGGACACCAAGCUCAGGAUUAUUGAGAUUCUGCAGUUUAUCCUGAGUGUGCGUCUGGACUACCGGAUCACUUACCUUCUUUCCAUCUACAAGAAAGAGUUUGGAGAGCCCAUAGACAGCAGUCUUUCUGUCACUGAAUUCCCCUUUACUCCCUCAGAGCCAAAUUCUGAUGAGAUUGGAGAAAAAGCAGAGAAUAUGUUUGCUGGAAGCGGUAAGGAGCGGACACCGGUGGAUCUGGACGACGAUGGAGGCACAACAUUUCUGCGUGUCCUGAUUCACCUCAUUAUGCAGGACUAUCCCCCUCUGGUCUCCGGUUCACUGCAGCUCCUAUUUAAGCACUUCAGCCAAAGAGCGGAGGUUCUCCAGGCUUUUAAACAGGUCCAGCUGCUGGUGUCUGAACAGGAUGUGGAAAACUAUAAACAGAUAAAGGUUGAUCUGGAUCAGCUGCGGCUGACUGUUGAGAAAUCAGAGCUGUGGGUGGAGAAGAACGGAGGCUACGGCAAUGAAGACGCCACCGAAACCCAGGCUAAGGAGCAAAACUUAGAGGAGGCGGGCAUCCUCAGUCCAGUGCAGGAUGGAAACGUUAAGCCGCAGAUAGACAGCAACAAGGCCAACAACUACAACAUUGUGAAAGACAUCCUGCAGCGUCUCAGUAAGUUGUGUUACCCCGCUAAGAAGAGUCGUGUGCAGCAGCAGAGGUUGCUGAAGAACAUGGGAGCUCACACCGUAGUGCUGGACCUGCUACAGAUCCCUUAUGAGGCAGGAGAUGAUAAGAUGAAAGAGAUCAUGACUCUGGCUCACACCUUCCUGCAGAACUUCUGUAGCGAUAACCCUCAGAACCAGAUUCUGCUUCACAAACACCUCAACCUUUUCCUCACCCCAGGGCUUUUGGAGGCGAAGACCAUGCGUUACAUCUUCCAGAACAACUACCACUUGUGUAAUGAGAUCAGUGACCGUGUGGUGCAUCACUUCGUACACUGCAUAGAGACGCACGGCCGCCGCGUCCCGUACCUGCGCUUCCUGCAGACCAUAGUGAAGGCUGAUGGCAAAUAUGUAAAGAAAUGUCAGGAUAAAGUGAUGACCGAGCUGGUGAAUGCAGGUGAGGAAGUCCUAGUGUUCUAUAACGACCGAGCAUCAUUCCCCACGCUGCUGCACCUGAUGACUACAGACACAGAACGCUAUGACGAGAACGGUGCCCUGUCCUACCACAACAACCUGGUGGAGCUGCUGGCUGCCUGCACCGAGGGCAAGAACGUCUACACCGAGAUCAAGUGCAACUCGCUGCUGCCACUCGACGAUAUCGUCAAGGUGGUGACGCAUGAUGACUGCAUCCCUGAGGUGAAAAUCGCUUAUGUGAAUUUCCUGAACCACUGCUAUGUGGACACUGAGGUCGAGAUGAAGGAAAUAUACACCAGCAACCACAUCUGGAACUUAUUUGAGAACUUCUUGGUAGAUCUGGCCAAAGUGGCUGCCGGCACCAUAGACAGAAAUAGAGCUGAUGCCAUGCUGGAGAAGUAUGUCACUGAAGUCAUCAUAGCCAUCGUCAAAGGCUUCUUUGGUUCCCAGUUUUCUGUCAGUACCUCCAAUCUGCAGUCGCAUCAAAGCACAUUCAUCCGCCUGCUGCAGGCCAUCCUCAAACUCUGUCCUUGUACCUGGAUCACUUCUCUGCUAAGGACAAACAUUGAAGCCUGUAUCAAGACCCUCGCUGAUGUGGCUAAAAGUCGGAACAUACCUCUACCAGUAGAUCUGGAUGGUCAGGUGAACUUCCUGUCUCAGAAGACUCACACCAACAUGGUACAGCGUGCUGCCAAAGAAUGGAGGUUUACAACUCGACUUCGACCCCGCAAAGAAAUGCUGGGGACGCCAGACUACAAGAACAUCAUUGAAAAACUGCAGGUGGUAGUGCAGCAUCUAAAAGAGCGGUUCGCUCCACUGAUGCAGGCCGAGUUCUCUGUACUGGUUGACAUUCUGCAUAGUCCGGAGCUGUUGUUCCCCGAGCCAGCACGACUGCGCUGUGAGACCGGAGCCUUCAUGACCAAGCUGAUUAAGCACACGAAGAAGCUGAUGGAUAAGGAGGAGAAGUUGUGUAUUAAGAUUCUGCAGACGCUUCGUGAAAUGCUGGACAAGAGGGAGACUUUUGAGGACCAGGGUAAUGCAUUGAGGAAGACUUUGCUGACGCAUUACUUCGGCCACCAGCGGCACCACUCCAAGGCUCUGGAGUACAGCGCUGGUGGAGGAUCAUCACCCGGAGUUGUUUCUCCAGGACAGGAUUCAGAUAAGCCUGGCACGUCUAUGGCAGAGAUCCAAUGUCUUUUGGAUAGUGUGGGUGCAACAGAGCUAGUCAUUGAUCUCGUCGUCAGCACCAAGAACGACCGUGUGUUUGAGGAGAGUAUCCUAUUAGGCAUUGCACUGCUAUGGGGUGGAAACACACAGAUACAAAAUUCAUUCUAUCAUCAGCUGCACAAGCAGAAGAAGUCAGAGAAGUUCUUCAAAGUUUUCUACGACCGCAUGCAGCUGGCUCAGAAGGAGAUCCGCUCCACCGUCUCCGUCAACAUGUUUGAGAUCGGCUGCCGGAAGCGCGAGGAGGAAGGCGAAGUUUCCACCUUCAGACAGAGGAAAGGUUAUGAGGCCAUGCACAUGAAAGAGGAGAUGAGAGGACAGCUAAAGGACGCCUCUUGUGCCACCUCCAAGGCUUACAGUGCUUAUCGUAAGGAAGGAGACCCAGACGUUGAGGUGUCAGGGCAAGGGGGUGAGGAGUUGGAGGAGGAGGUGGAGGAAAUACAGAUGGGCCAGGCCAUCACCAUCAUGAAGCCCAUUCUGCGCUUUAUGCAGCUGCUGUGUGAGAACCACAACAGGCAUUUGCAGAAUUUUCUUCGCGACCAGAACAACAAAACCAACUACAACUUAGUAUGCGAGACGCUGCAGUUUUUGGACUGCAUCUGCGGCAGCACCACAGGAGGCUUAGGGCUUUUGGGCCUUUACAUUAACGAGAGGAAUGUGGACCUGGUAAUACAGACCCUGGAGAGCAUCACUGAGUACUGCCAAGGCCCUUGCCAUGAGAAUCAGUCUUGCAUAGCCAAGCAUGAGUCCAAUGGCAUUGACAUCAUCAUUGCUCUUAUAGUGAAUCCUAUUGAGCCCUUGGGAAAGAAUAGGAUGGACCUUGUUCUGGAGCUGAAGAAUAACGCCUCUAAGCUGUUGCUGGCCAUCAUGGAGAGUUGCCAAGAUAGUGAGAAUGCAGAGCAAAUCCUGGACAAAAUGAGACCCAAUGAGUUGGUGGAUGUGCUUAAAGAGGCCUUUUUGCAGGGAGUGGUAAAUGAAGUUGCAGAGGUAUCGGGGGACAAGAUCAGCCCCAAAGAUGUGGGCCACAAUAUCUACAUUCUGGCCCAUCAGUUGGCACGGCAUCGAAAAGUGCUGCAGCAGAGUCUAAAACCAGGCCUGGAUCCAGACGACGAGGGAGAGGAAUCACUUCGAUACUAUGCUAGACAUACAGCUCAGAUAGAGAUUGUGCGUCAUGACCGUACUAUGGAGCAGAUUGUGUUCCCCGUUCCCAACAUCUGCGAGUAUCUGACCGAGGAAUCCAAAGUGCGAGUGUUUACCACCACGGAGAGAGACGAUCAGGGCAGCAAAGUCAACCACUUCUUCCAGCAGUUUGAAGACCUGUACAAUGAGAUGUUUUGGCAGAAGAAAAUGAGGAAUAAUGUCGCUCUCUUCUGGAUAUCAAAACACAUCUCUCUUUGGGGAAGCAUCUCCUUUAACCUGGCUGUGCUGGUCAACAUCGCCGUAGCUCUGUUCUAUCCGUUCGGAGAUGAUGAAGAUGAAGGUGUCCUUUCCCCUUUUCUGUCUGUCUUGCUGUGGGUGGCCGUAGCCAUAGCCACGGCUAUUCUCUUCAUCAUGCCCAGGCGAGGAGGCAUUCUGGCUUUCCUGAUUACAGUCAUCCUCCGCUCCAUAUAUACUAUAGGUUUAGGCCCCACACUGCUUCUGCUCGGCGCCAGCAAUCUGCUGAAUAAGAUUGUCUUCUUGGCAAGUUUCGUGGGAAACCAGGGCACAUUCACACGAGGGUACAAAGCAGUCAUCAUGGAUGUCUUCUUCCUCCUGCACGUCUUUUACGUCAUCGUCUGCAUGUUUGGCCUGUUUGUCCACGAGUUCUUUUACAGCAUACUGUUGUUCGAUCUGGUACGCAGAGAAGAGACGCUGUUAAACGUGAUGAGGAGCGUAACGAAGAACGGGCGAUCCAUCUUCCUCACCGCUGUCUUAGCCAUCAUCCUGGUCUACCUCUUCUCCAUUGUGGGAUUCCUAUUCCUCAAAGAUGACUUUCUGAUGCAAGUGGAACGUCACCCUGCACUCGAGAGGUUAAAGUCAGCGAGAUUUACAGCCCCUGGGAGCUGUGCAGUGGACAGCUGCCCCAACGAGUUCACAUCUUCAUACCAUGGAGAAGAGGAAGCUGAGGAUGCAUCAGAGCGAGUGUGUGACACUCUGUUCAUGUGCAUCAUAACGGUCCUGAACCACGGGCUGCGCAACGGAGGUGGCAUAGCUGACAUUCUCCGCAAGCCUUCCAAAGAUGAACCCAUGUUUGCCGCUCGCGUGGUGUACGACCUGCUGUUCUUCUUCAUCGUCAUCAUCAUCGUCCUGAACCUCAUUUUCGGUGUGAUCAUCGACACGUUCGCCGACCUGAGAAGUGAGAAACAGCGCAAGGAGGAGAUCCUGAAAACCAGCUGCUUCAUCUGCGGGCUGGAGAGAGACAAGUUUGACAACAAGACUGUGUCUUUCGAGGAGCACAUCACGAAUGAGCACAACAUGUGGCACUACCUGUACUUUCUGGUUCUAGUGCGGGUGAAGGACCCCACUGAGUACACCGGCCCUGAAAGCUACGUGGCCCAGAUGAUCAAGGAGAAGAACCUGGACUGGUUCCCACGGAUGCGGGCCAUGUCUCUAGUGAGCAGUGAAGGAGAGAGUGAGCAGAAUGAGAUGCGUUUACUGCAGGAGAAGCUUGAUACCACUGUCACACUCGUAGCACAGCUUUCUGCUCAGCUUGCAGAGCUCAAAGAACAGAUGACUGAGCAAAGGAAAAACAAGCAGAGGAUGGGCUUUCUGGGUCCAACACAAGCCAAUCACCACAUGCCCCCUGCACACUGAGAAGAGGACCGACAGGACACACAUCACUCCUGUCCUCAGAUCACAGACUGGUUUUCUGUUCAGACCUUGAGCUUUUAGAGAAAUGCCUAGGGACUGUCUCACUCAAACCUCUUACACAGCAAAUCAGCGAUGUUUCUCCUGAGUCCCCUGUCUAGGGCAGAUCCCUAAUGGAAAUGCUGCCUGAGGAUUUUUAACUAUAAAGUAUUACUUGUGUUUUAAAUGUCAUUCCAUUUUAUUGGUCUUACUUUUGGCAGUAACUGGAGAGCAAUGUAAGUCAAGGUGAACUUCAGGAUGUACCUCAUUCACUGGGGUUACUGCUGCUUUGGAAGUGCCUUAGAGCUUUUUCUCAUAGAAUAACUGCUGACUAAAAUGUCCUUUUAUCCUUUAGAACUGGAAACAAAAUGUUCAUCUCAUCUCACAGUCACUAUUUGGGUUCAUUAGGAGAAACAUUUUCAAAGUUGUUGGUCAUUUUUGUUCAAUUUUAUUAAUAAUGUAUGUCGUGCCUACUAAGCAAAUCACUGCACCGGGGUACCUUUUAAAAACGUUGUGUGUGAUUAGUGACUGGGUGAAUGUAUGAAUGCUGGAUCGGUUGCAGUCAGCAGACAUGGCCAGAAGAUCCUGCUGACUUACUUCUGUCAAUUAUUGAUUUAAAGCAUUCCCUAUUUUAACAUUGAAAUGUGCUUUGAACAAGACAGCUCAACUCACUCUUAAGUCACCUUAUCAUGUUGUUAUUGUUUGUGGUUUUGCACAAGUGACUUGUGUGAGGAUUGAAAGGGUGUUAUUGAGAAGAAAUGCUUUUUAUGUUCAAAUGAUCUCAAACGAUAGAUUAUUUUAUUUGAUUAUAAUACUGUAAUAAAAAGAUAUCUAUGUAUGAA